AUGGGUUUAUUUUCAAAGAAAAAGGAAGCUACACCAUCAAUUCCGAAGGAGGAAUUGAUCCCUGCUGAGAAAAUGAUUAGAAAACCACCUGCUAAAUAUGGUAAAGGUGAAAAAUUGAAAAAAGUCACCGAUGAACAACAAUCUGCUUAUAAAGAACUUUUGACUCAUUUCCAAGAUGAAAAAUUGGAAUUUCCUAUUGAUACAAAUGAUACUACUGGAAAGAAAAGACCACUAAGUAGUUGGGAAAAACAUUGGUUAACAAGAGAAUGUAUAUAUCGUUAUUUAAGAGCUCAUAAAUGGCAUGUUUCAAACGCUAAGAAAGGUAUAACCGAAUCAAUUAUUUGGAGAAGAGAAGUUGGUAUAAGUCAUGGUGAUGAAAUAGAAAAACCUUUAACUGGUAAAGAUGUUGCUAUUGAAAAUGAAACUGGUAAAGAAAUAUUAUUAGGGUUCGAUUAUGAUAGAAGACCUUUAUUCUAUAUGAAGAAUGGUCGUCAGAAUACAGAAUCUUCAUUUAGACAAGUACAACAAUUGAUCUAUAUGAUGGAAUCCGCGGUAACGUUGUGUCCACAAGGUGUAGAGAAAGUUACCGUUUUAGUUGAUUUCAAAGCUUACAAAGAACCUGGGAUCAUCACAGAUAAAGCACCACCGGUAUCAAUUGCUAGAGCUUGUCUAAAUGUUAUGCAAAAUCAUUACCCUGAAAGAUUAGCUAAAUGUGUUCUGAUAAACAUUCCAUGGUUUGCAUGGGCUUUCUUAAAGAUGAUGUAUCCAUUUUUAGAUCCAGCUACUAAAGAAAAAGCUGUAUUUGAUGAACCAUUUGAAAAAUAUAUUGAACCAGAACAACUAGAAGCACUAUACAAUGGUAAGUUGGAUUUCAAAUAUAACCAUGAAGUAUAUUGGCCUGAUAUGGUUUCUAGCCUUGACGAGAUACGUCACGCUGGUUAUGAAAGAUUUUUGAAAUUUGGUGGUCUUAUUGGUUUAAGUGAAUAUGAUAUUAAAGGUGAUCAUGAUGAAUUGAUAUAUCCAGUUGAUUUUGAUCAAACUCAAGUGGCAUAG